UGAUCCCAAAAGAAGUAUGAUGAAGACUCCUCCCUCUGUAAGUCUGCGGAUCAAACGCAAAAAUGCUCGUCAAAUCAGAAGACAUCUCUGUGUAAACAGAGCCAACGGCCCAGACACCCAGAGUUCACUAUGGAAGAUCACGCCAAGCCAGUGGGACAUGUAUCUGGCCAAAAAGACUUUGACUCCAACUACUGUCAUCCAGCAGCAGGAAAUGACAUCGUACUUCAGACUUUUUGAUGAUGACCUGAUUCAAGACUUUCUGAUGAUGGACUGUUGCUAUAAAAUGACAGACAAGUACCUUCUGGCCAUGACCUUUGUGUACUUCAAAAGGGCUUGCUUCAGUAUUGCUGAGUACACCAGAAAGAACUUUUUCAUUGCACUAUAUCUUGCCAACACCAUGGAAGAGGAUGAGGAGGAGGGCAAGUAUGAAAUUUUUCCCUGGGCUCUGGGCAAGAACUGGAGGAAACUGUUUACCCGCUUCCUCAAAGAUCGAGACAAGCUGUGGGCUCGCAUUGAGUACAGAGCUGCUGUCAGCAGGCGCUGCUGUGAAGAGGUGAUGGCCAUCGUGUCCUCACACUUUGUUUGGCAGCGACAGCGUUCCUAUCACCACAGCGGUGCUCAGCGGCUGUACACUGAUCAAGACAACUCCAGUUUUCCCCGCGGGCCUUUUGCCUCUCCACUCUCCUGUGCCCUCUGUGCCCAUGGCAAGAAGGUACAUCAUGGUCCAGUUACCUCUUCCACCUCCAGAGGAUCAUCUGUGCAGACAUCAGACGGUGCUUAUCCACACCUGUUUGCCUCUGCACUGAGUUUGGAGGUCACCCCACCCAAGGCUGCAGCCUCUCUCUGCAAGAAAGUGGAGAAUAAAAGCCAACUGUGGCAUUCUUGCUGCUCCUGUCCUAACGAGAUGUCCAGUAGGUAUCAUUGAUAUUGGCGUCUAACAGCAUAUAGAGUAUAGGGGAUUUGCUCCAAGCUGUUCGGAACACAACAUUCAGUUUGGUGGGAGAAAACUUUUCAGACUGUUCUGUUCCAGACAUGCUAUUUUCAGAAUAAUCCAGUCUAGGAACAGCAAUUCCAGAGCACAACUUCCACAUGAAACAUCUUGGU